AUGGACUCUACAGACCACGGCCACGGCGCGCCCAAGGCGGCGGUGCCCCGGAAGCCUGUGCCCACCGCAGCAGCGGCACCACCACCACCGUCAGUCACUAAGAAGGCCGCUCGUCCUGUUGCUCCUGCUCUGGCCUGUCUCGCUGGAACUCUACUGGGCACCCUCAUCUUCAGCUGGCGAUGGAUCGUCUCGGGCGCCCCACUACUGCUCAUUUCGCUCCUUCUCGGCGAGUGGAACGGAUGUCGCGUCCUACCGUGGCUGCCACUCUGGGUCAUCUUCACCACCGUCAACUUCGCCUAUGCUGUAGUCGCGCCCUCAUGGCUGCUCACGUGCGCUUUCGCUGCCCUGUGCUACCCGGCCGUCAUCCUCUCCUGUCUGUUCCAGUUCAAGUUCGCGGCCAAAUUCGCGAGGCGGCGCUCCAGAAGACUUCUGCGCCAUGUCUUCUUCGUCCAAGAUACUGUUGGUCUGUUUGACUUACCCGCGCUUGAGAUCGAUACCGACUCGACCGGUCUGUUCGUCGUCCGGGGUCUGACCAUUUCUCUGUCAACCUUGACGGCCACCGCCUAUGGCAUCGAGGUAGGGGUGAAGCUGUCCGAUGACAUGGAACUCGCAAUCCAGACGGACAAGGUGGUCAUCAAGCUUUUCCGGCGUAUUGAGAUUGGCGAUGUCUACGCGAACAUCAAAGGCGACGAUGAGAUGUGCUUUAGCGACAUUAAGCCGUGGCCAAAUUCGCCACGCGACAUGGCCAAGGAUCAAUUCAUGGCGACUGGAACACCUAUACUCAAAGUUGCCAUGGCCUCAUCAAAGGCCGCAUCCUCUGAUGUGAACGGGCGACUUGAUGGAUCGUCGGAUCCCGAGGUCAAUCUGAAGCCUGUCAAAAAACUGUCACCCGACGAUAAGAAGGCCCGGGCCGACUAUGACGGCACUAUCAAGCAUAUCCUCGAGACCAGUACGAGUUAUCUCGCCAGCGGCAUGUUGAAGAGGAUCGCCGAGGGACGUGAGCUUAAGGAUCUACUGGAUAAUGAAUCAAACCUCCGUGCGGCCAUCUCUGCCCACAUGCACGAUCAACCAACAAUAGCCCAUCCUCCUCGCAAGUCGAUACGGCUUACAACACUGAGCCAUAACAAGCACCCAAAGGCCAAGCUGUUUUUACACCGAUUGCCCUUCUUGUACCGGCUUAUUCUGAACCCAAUCAGCUACUUCCACCCAAUCUUCAUAAAAUCUCUUACCUCUACCGGCUCCGGUAGGUGGUUUGCAUCGCUAAUGAAAAAGCACUUCUUCAAACACUAUUCGACGUCGGAUGCCGAGGUUCGUCGACUGGAAGGGCGCAUCUCAGCGUGGCUGGCCGACGCCAACUUCGCUGUUGGGUUGACGGAUAUGUAUUGUACCGCCCACGUCCCGAUGGACACAGACUUCGAUAUCGAUUGCAAGUUCAAGCUUGCAGACCUCAAGGCUCACCGGACGCUGCCUGAAGCUGUCAACCUAACUCAGGUCAUCCACCUCGGAGGCGCUGAUGCCACUUUCACCCUCCCUUCGUUCCUGCUUCCUCACCACGAACAUAUUAUGCCGUCGAAGCUUACAGACUUUGAAGAGUUGCAAAUGCAACAGGAGAUAGAGGAGGCCAAGGGCACACCGAAGGCUGUGCAGCUGCAACAGAAAUUGGAGCGCCGGCAAAGGGACGAAACGGCUAUGAAGAUCUCAGCUCACGGCCAUCUACCGGCGCUGUUUGACCAGCAGCUGCUCAACUUCAUUGCAGCAACCGUCAAGGCCACAAAGGUGAUUGAGGUGGAGAAGGGGCAUGAGGCCGUACUGCUCAAGCGGCGUGCCGACUCCAUUGCAGCCGAAUCCAUCUCUAGCGACACCAUUGUGGCCGACGUCAUCACACCAGACAACCUCAGUGCCGGUAGCGCAGGCAGUAAAGACAGCAAAGGAAGCAAAGGAUCGGACCGGGACACGAUAGGGUCGUCCGCGUCGACUCCCGCCUCUCCACGGAACUCCGUCUCUCAAUCGAACUUCACGGGUCGCAUGAACCAGACAUUUAAGGGUAUGAACACGAAGAUAGUGGAUGGGUGGCGCAAGGCAGGCAUCAACACUGUCAAUGCUGUUGCCAACGAUCGCUGGAUUGCGAAGGUUGUGGGAAACAUCAUGAGGAAGUUGGAAAAUGCUCAAGGGGAUGUCGGGUACUCUGGUCUUAUUACGCUGCCACUGGCACAGUAUAGGGAGAAAGCGGAGACAGCACCGAAGAUUCUACCGUAA